AUGAGUUCAUCUGAUAGCCCGUCUACGGCUCCGGCACAACCGCCGCCGCCUGGCUUCCACUAUAAAUACACGGUGCAGAAGGGAUUCUUCAUGCAGAGCGAGGAUGAGACGGAUGACUCGGAGUUUGAUUUUAGAAACCAUAACUUCGGAUUAAUCUCACGUUCGUACCCCAUCGACGAAGACGCUUCAGAAUUUCAAUGGAGGCGCUUUGAAAACUACGUCCGUAGUCUAGAAGCGACUAAGCAACCAAACGAAAGUUACAAAGUGCUUUUCUUGGGCCGCCAUGGAGAGGGCUGGCAUAAUGUUGCAGAGGCAAAGUAUGGGACCAAGGCGUGGGAUUGUUAUUACUCCGCCCUCGACGGCGCAGACGGCCUAACAUGGGCAGAUGCGCACCUCACCUCUGUCGGCGAGUUGCAAGCAAAAGACGUUGCAGAUCUCUGGGCCCAACAACUAAACGAAGGGAUUCCGGUUCCGGAGACCUUUUAUGUGUCGCCGCUGACUCGUACAAUCCAAACAGCCGAUAUCUCCUUUUCCACACUCCCCUUUCCCCAUCCCCCCUCGCAAAAACCCCCUUACAGACCCCUCAUCAAAGAGCUCCUCCGCGAAGCUCUCGGCGUACACACUUGCGACCGCCGCAGUACACUAACGCAUCUGCGCGCCACGUAUCCGCAUCUCACCUUUGAAUCCGGUUUCUCAGAUCAGGAUCUCCUCUGGAAGGCUGAUUACCGUGAACCGGCGUCUGCGCGGCGGUAUAGGCUGGGUGUGUUUUUGGAUGGGGUGGUUGCUGAGGAUGAGGGAGUACUUCUAAGUAUGACGAGUCAUUCGGGCGCGAUUGGAAGUUUGUUGGAGGUCAUGGGGCACAGGAAAUUUCGACUAGAAACCGGCGGUGUGAUUCCAGUCUUUAUCAAAGCAGAGAGGGUGGAGUCUCACAGGGAGAUUCCGCCAAAGGAACCUAGUGAUUCUCCGCCGUUGUGUAAAGAUCCUCCUGCGCCUUUGUAG